CCUCGAACAAUUUGCGGAAACGGCGUACCUACCAUGCGCAGCGACAAAGACUGCGAGCCUGAAACCUAUGGGGAAGGAAUAAAAAAAGAAAUUUCGUAUCGUCGCACUCUGUGCUUAAAGACCAGUAUUUUCUGAGGAGCUCGCCGGCCUGGGGUCUCGGUAAAGACACCGAAAUUUAACCGAGGCAAGGCUGGAUUUAGAGUCGGCGUACGGCUAGUGAAUUCGCUGAAGAAGAUUGUAGCAGCUGGCAGAUUUUCCGUUGGACCGUCUGUAGGCUAGGGUAGCGAGGGAGCCGCCAUGGCAGUCGGAUCAUUGAGCCUCCACAUCGGGAUAUGAAGUGGACCUGCAUGUGUCCCGAAUCGUUAAGAAAACGCUGCAUUUGUCACCGAUCCGCACCGGAUCAGCAUCUUAACUAACCCUUCUUCAUCUCCGUGAAAUCGAUUCCGCACCCCGAAAGAAAUUACCGCUGGUUUUUAACCGUGGGGCCACAGGGAGAGGCCAGAUUCAUGACUAUUUUAGUCGGAUACGUGUCUUCAAAGGCCCGCUGAAAGAAAUCCUGGAGCACAAGGAGGAAACGAUGCUCUGAUAGACCGUCGGUGGAAAAGAAAAGGGUAAUUUAGUGGCGAUACGAAGUAGUGUGAAGGAUUCCUGGGAUAAGGGGAUCUCUUUCUAGCUGACCUCCCCGUGAAUUACAGUGAUAUUAAUUUACUGUCAUCCCCCCUCCUUUUUGGAUUUUUUUAUUUUUUAUUUUUUAUUUUUGAUGAGAAGGUUCGGCGAAUCGAUCAGCUCCGCCGUUUAAGCAAGUCACAGUCGAGAGAAUCAAGGGGAUCGUCGGAUCAUGUCGGGUCGGCCCAGGACCACAUCUUUCGCGGAGAGCUGCAAGCCAGUGCCGCAGCCUUCAGCUUUCGGCAGCAUGAAAGUCAGCAGGGACAAAGAUGGCAGCAAGGUAACGACAGUUGUGGCCACCCCAGGCCAAGGCCCCGACCGGCCACAGGAAGUCAGCUACACGGACACCAAGGUCAUUGGCAAUGGCUCUUUUGGCGUCGUCUACCAAGCUAAACUCUGCGACUCUGGAGAGCUGGUGGCCAUCAAGAAGGUCCUGCAAGACAAGAGGUUUAAGAAUCGUGAGCUGCAGAUCAUGAGGAAACUGGACCACUGCAACAUAGUCCGCCUGCGCUACUUCUUCUAUUCCAGUGGAGACAAGAAAGAUGAAGUGUAUCUGAAUUUGGUUCUGGAUUACGUGCCUGAGACUGUCUACAGAGUGGCCAGACACUACAGCCGAGCCAAACAGACUCUGCCUAUGGUUUAUGUGAAGUUGUAUAUGUACCAGCUCUUCAGGAGCCUGGCCUACAUUCACUCGUUUGGUAUCUGCCAUCGGGACAUCAAACCCCAGAAUCUGCUGCUGGAUCCAGAGACGGCUGUUCUCAAGCUCUGUGACUUUGGCAGCGCUAAGCAGCUGGUCCGUGGAGAACCUAACGUGUCCUACAUCUGCUCUCGCUACUAUCGAGCCCCUGAGCUGAUCUUUGGUGCCACUGACUACACUUCCAGCAUAGAUGUGUGGUCAGCCGGCUGUGUACUGGCAGAGCUGCUCCUGGGACAGCCGAUCUUCCCUGGUGACAGCGGAGUGGACCAGUUGGUGGAAAUCAUCAAGGUUCUCGGCACCCCGACCCGAGAGCAGAUCCGUGAGAUGAACCCCAACUACACUGAAUUCAAAUUCCCCCAGAUCAAGGCACAUCCUUGGACUAAGGUGAGUCAACAGGUGUUCCGACCACGUACGCCUCCGGAGGCCAUCGCCUUGUGCUCCCGCCUGCUGGAGUACACGCCCACGGCCCGGCUAACACCCCUAGAGGCAUGCGCACACUCCUUCUUUGACGAGCUGCGCGACCCCAGCAUCAAACUGCCCAACGGGCGAGAGAAGCCCUCGCUCUUCAACUUCACUACCCAGGAACUAUCUAGUAAUCCUUCUUUGGCCUCCAUACUCAUCCCUGCCCACGCCCGCAGCCAGGCUGCCGCCUCUACCCCAACCAAUGCAUCUGCCACCACAGCUGUUCAACUGAGCACUUCCUCUUCCUGUUCAUAGAUGGCAGCAGCACAGAGCGAGGUCCCACCACCACCACCGCCUCUGCCUCAGCUUCCAACUCCACCUCCUGAGCCCACAGAGCACCUGCCCCGCCCCGGUCUCAGCCCCAGCCCUCAGCCUCUCCAUUGCCCUGGCCAGGGGGUGAGCUCUGCUCAGCUCAGCUCUGCCCUGCUCCUCUUCCCCGGCAGCAGCGGAGCGAUGCUGAAGCAGACCGGGUUCGACAGCUAACUGACCACAAACCUAGCAUCCCCAGUCUGCCUCUCUUACCCCCAAACCCGGCCUCAACAUAAAGCUGUUUGAACUCUUCUCCAUCCUCCGUCAAAGAUGCCUCUCCGUGCCCUCUCGACAGGGAAGUGAAGCGCAGGGCCGAAGAUGUUAUCGACUGUACUGUUGAUUUAAAAAGUACACUGUACACGUAUACACAAUGCUAGCCUGCUAAGAGGACAAUCGGUAGAAAAGUCCUGAGCUCUCGCCCUUUUUUGCCCUGUCUCUAUCUGGCCUCCCUCUCCAUUGUUCCAUUUUUCUGCAUCCUUUGACCUCUGACCCCUCCGUCCCCUGGCCAACCCCUCCUCCUCGAAAAAAACAAAAACAAGCCCCGCCCCCCUUUUGGUUCUUUCUGUAGUGCAUGGCCUGAGUAUGGUAGGAUCACCUGGGGGCCACCAAGCCCUCUCACAUCCACUUCCGCAGACAAGGCAUGAGGCUCACGCACGCGUAUACACACACACACACAGACACACACCUACACCCUCAAACACACACAUCCUCACACACAUGGAUGCAUGAUGAUCCUGGUGUAUGUGGGAAGAAACAGUCCUCUUUGGGAGGACAUGUUUGGACAGUGUUGUUUUUUUGUUGUUUUUUUCUUUGCCCGGGGUUAUUUUUAAAAAUGGUUAGCGAUCUGUUUUAUUCAACUUUGUUUUUAAUUAUUUUCUUUUUUGUUGUUUUUUUUGUACUCCUGGGCAGACGUCUUUUGGAUUGCCAUGUGCGAUGGAUGUGACAUGUAUCUGGUCCUGUGUGCUUGUAUAAUAUAUACAUACAAUACAAAACAGACAUGCAUACACACACAGUUUAUAUAUUACUUUUCCUUAUGUAUAAAAAGUAUAUAUAGAUAUAUGUAUAUUAACUACAAUGGUUCAGAAAUCAUUUAUGGUGAGCUCAUAUCUGGCAGAGCAGUGGCAAUAUUUGCUGCUGCCUAAAGACAAUAGAUUUAGAUAAGGUGGUGUUUUGUUAUUAUUUUAUUUCUGUUUUUUGUUGUUGUUCUCUUCUUUGCUGGAGUGUGGUUAGAUUCCAGCAGCCACUUCCCUGUGUCGUCUGUAUUAAGGCUGUAGAUGGAUUUAGGGCAUCGCUCUAUUCCCCGUCUUUGUACCGGCUCUGUCUGUAACAGUGUUUCUGUGACAGUGCAGCGUCUAGACAAACGUGUCCCCCACCCUUUUCCCUCUCUCCCUCUCUCUUUCUCUUGCCGUUUCUGCGAAGAAUUCGAGAUUCGUUUUCACGCUCGACUCUCGGCCCGCAGUCUUUGGCGCACCACCGGCUGCCUUGUGCGCUGCGACCACCGACCGGAGCGCCCCUUUCUUUUCGUCCCCCUCCACCCCCGCAGCACAUAGAGCCACUCGGUACAGUCUGACGAAUCGUCUUAUUUACGGAGAAUACUCACUACAUCUAAACAAAAAAAUUCAAAAGAUAAAACCAACAAAAAAAAAUUCAGAAAACAAAAAAAAAAAUCACACAGACAAACACACAAGAAAGAAAAACCGAAUUUGUACAUACAGUAUAAAUGCUCCUCACCAAAAUUCUGACUUGUAUGUUGUUUUUUUUAUGUUGUUAUGUUGAUUUUUUUUUUUUCUUUCAUGUUGUGUUCAAGGUAUGUAUAUAUGCAGACCCAUGUACUGUUUAUGAGCAAAAACAAAGAUGGGUGAGGGAACGGAAUGAAAAAGAUUCAAAAACAAACAAAAAAAUGAAACAAAAAACAAAAAAAAACCAGAAUCAGGGCAAAACUGAUGUUGUGUAUGGAUAUUGUAGAUGACGACGACGACGACGACGAUGAUCAGCUUUAUCCAGCCAUAUGUUCAAUCUUACCUGUACAGUACAGUAGAUUACAGCUGUAUUAUUGUAACAAGAACUAGUCAUGUAUAGUGUAACUAUAGUUUGGAGUGCCUUUGCUUUCAUACACCUUCGCCUUGUUUCCACCCUCACCCAGCCCACGCCAUCAACCCCCCACCCCCACUGUCACCGCCACCCUCUGAUAUUGUGACUCUCCCUUUUGGUGCUGUUGAAUGUCCUGCUGUCCGCGUGCUCACUCACGCGCCUCCUCUUCCACCCGAUGCACAUCCUCUCCCUCCUGCUCUUUUCAUUGCACACUAAAUGUAAUAUACAGACAUUGUUAAUUGUAAGGAUUUUUUUUCUUUAACUGAAGAUAUAGUAGACAGGUGUUUAUUUUAAUAGAUGUUUUAUCUUGGGACACACACACACACACACACAUACACGUGUACUGCAGUCCUGGCACAGAUUUGGGGUAUGAAGUGGGUGGGUGGUGUGCUGUGGACGGCAGCAGGGUUUUAAACAAAAAAAAAAUCAAACAAAAAAAGGCCUCAUAUAUUAUAUACGAUACAGUGCAGUUUCUGUAUUACUCGCAGUGUUGGUUCUGUUACCAAAGCCAAACCAUCAUGUUGUGAUGAGCCAUCCUCAGAGGCAAUAACUCUUCUUCUUCUCUUCUCUUUGGAUGUUUUGUUGUUUCUCCUCCUGCUCUUGAGUAUUCAGGGGGGUGAAAUUCAGUAGCACCUAAGGGGUCAAGUCAUGUAGCCUUUCUCCUGUCUCUCCCGCUUGCUGUAAUUUUGCAUUCAUGAACGUGUUGCUACCCUCCACCAGAAGGUUGGACCACUUCACCUCUGCCCUCUUACUCCAGUUCAAUUAAAGCACCACAAUGGCUACCAAAAAAGAAUAAAAGUGUAUAAGCUAGUAUAAUAUCUUAUACUGACAUAUACACUAGUGUCAUAUGCUGACUGGGUUAAACUGGGGUAAUAGAAAAGAAGAAUCUUAAGAAAAUACUACAAAAACAUCCUGUAUAACAGUACUACUACUUGAAUGCCUCUGUUUGUGACUGAAAUUUUGAUUUCUUUUUUUGUUUGUUUCUUUUUGUUUGUUUGUUUUCCUUUUGUUCUGUGAAGGUAUGCUAAAUGUGCGCCUCUGUAAAUAUUCCCUCUGCGUGCUCCGAGGAAUAGUUCCCUGGUACUGUAAUUUGCAUUAAAUAAAGAGUAGGAUAGCCUGGAAAUGAUCAUGAAA